GCUCGGUUCCGCUCCACUCGGCCUGGGCGCCGACGGCGGGAGCGAGCGCUGCUGAGGCGGCGGCCUGAGAAAAGCCGCAGUGAAGUCCUCUGAAGCUCUGAACGCGGAGAGUAGAUGCUCGUUGAGAACAUUGCGGCAGAGCCGGGGACGACACGCAGACGCAAUGGAAGAGUUAAUAGUCGAACUUCGUCUCUUUCUUGAACUCCUGGACCACGAGUACCUGACGUCCACGGUCCGGGAGAAGAAGGCGGUCAUCGCCGACAUCCUGCUGAGGGUCCAGUCGUCCAGAGGUGUGGACGUGAAAGACCAUGCUCCGAAGCAGGAGACCCCCAGCAGCCUGCCGGCCCCUCCCCAGAUGCCUCUGCCGGAGAUCCCGCAGCCGUGGCUGCCUCCUGACAGCGGGCCGCCCCCGCUGCCCACGUCCUCGCUCCCGGAAGGCUACUACGAGGAGGCUGUGCCCCUGAGUCCUGGGAAGGCUCCGGAAUACAUCACCUCAACUUAUGACUCGGAUGCAAUGAGUAGCUCUUAUGAAUCGUAUGAUGAGGAGGAGGAGGAUGGAAAGGGGAAGAAAAUGCGACACCAGUGGCCCUCGGAGGAGGCCUCCAUGGACCUGGUAAAGGACGCCAAGAUAUGCGCCUUCCUGCUGCGCAAGAAGCGCUUUGGACAGUGGACCAAGUUGCUCUGCGUCAUCAAAGAUACCAAACUGCUGUGCUACAAGAGCUCCAAGGACCAGCAGCCGCAGAUGGAGCUGCCCCUCCCGGGCUGCAGCAUCACCUACACCCCGAAGGAUGGCAAGAAGAAGAAGCACGAGUUGAAAAUCGCUCAGCAGGGCACGGACCCCCUGGUUCUUGCGGUCCAGAGCAAGGAGCAGGCCGAGCAGUGGCUGAAGGUGAUCAAAGAAGUCUACAGCGGCUGCAGUGGGCCCGUGGAUUCUGAGUGCCCGCCCCCAUCAAGCUCGCCUGUGCACAAGGUAGAGCUGGAGAAGAAACUGUCCUCAGAGAGACCGAGCUCUGAUGGGGAGGGUGUCACAGAAAAUGGAGUCGCUGUGUGUGACGGGAAAGAACAAGUUAAGAGGAAAAAAAGUUCCAAAUCAGAGGGCAAGGGGACCGUAUCUAAAGUGACUGGGAAAAAAAUCACCAAGAUCAUCGGUCUGGGAAAGAAAAAGCCAUCCACUGACGAGCAGACCUCGUCCGCUGAGGAGGACGUGCCCACGUGCGGCCACCUGAGCGUGCUAUCCAACAACCGCUGGCGGGAGCGCUGGUGCCGGGUCAAGGACAACAAGCUCGUUCUGCACAAGGACAGGACCGACCUGAAGAGCCACAUCGCCUCCAUCCCUCUCCGCGGCUGCGAGGUGAUCCCGGGGCUGGACUCCCGGCACCCCCUGACCUUCCGCCUGCUUCGCAACGGGCAGGAGGCGGCCGUGCUGGAGGCGUCGUCUUCUGAAGACAUGGGCAGGUGGAUUGGGAUCUUGCUGGCAGAGACGGGGUCCUCAGCAGACCCCGCGGCUCUGCACUACGACUACAUAGACGUGGAGACGUCUGCGAACGUCAUCCAGACAGCCAAGCAGACCUUCUGCUUCAUGAACAGGCGCGUCAUCUCUACCAACCCGUACCUCGGGGGCACCUCCAACGGCUACGCCCACCCCAGUGGGACGGCGCUGCACUACGAUGACGUCCCCUGCGUCAACGGCUCGCUGAAGGGUAAAAAGCCCCCGGCAGCAUCCAACGGGGUCACAGGAAGAGGCAAGGCCGUGGGCAGCCAGCCAAGGAAAGCCGCCUCGGCCACCGGUGUGACGCGCACGCCUUCAAAUGCCGACCAGUACAAAUAUGGCAAGAACCGGGUUGAAGCAGACGCCAAGCGGCUGCAGACCAAGGAGGAGGAGCUGCUGAGGCGGAAGGAAGCCCUGCGGACCAGGCUGGCCCAGCUGCGGAAGGAGAGGAAGGACCUGCGGGCCGCCAUUGACGCGAACGCUGGCAAGAAGACGCAGCUGGCCCUCGAGGAGAAGCUGAAGGUGCUGGACGAGGAGUGCAGGCGGCGGGAGUCGGAGCGCGUCAGCCUGGAGCUGGAGCUGACCGAGGUCAAGGAGAGCCUCCGGAAGGCGCUGGCCGGCGGGGUCACGCUGGGGCUGGCCAUCGAGCCGCGGCCGGGGGCCUCGAGCCCGCAGUCCCCGCUGAGCCGGCACCGGCCGCUGGAGAGCUCGCCCCUGUCCAGCUGUGAGACCAGCGACGCCGAGGGCCCGGUGCCCGUGAACAGCGCGGCCGUCCUGAGGAAGAGCCAGCCGGCCGGCAGCGCCCCUUGCCGUGGCCAUGUGCUGCGGAAGGCCAAGGAGUGGGAGUUGAAGAACGGGACGUAG